UUUUCUAUUUUUUUUUUAAAAAACAUAUAUAUUUAAAAACCAGGCUUGGAAGUGGAGUAAACAUGGUUGCUGAUAACAGAGAGGGCACCAUGUCCUCUAAGGACCAGGCGAAUCUGCUCUGUGAUGCGGCGGAACAACAAUUGGCUGCGGAUGACCCUUCACUCGCCACUGCCUUCUACACGGCUGCAUUCAGCUGCAGCGUCCCAACAGCUGUCGAAAAAGUGGCUUCCCUGGGAGAACAGUCACGUGCCAAAGUGACGGUCACUUUAUCAAAGUGGUGUCGGGAUGGCGGCCCCAUACCAAAGAUUCAGUAUGGUGGCCUGAACUACACAUCGCUCAGCGUUGAAAUGGCAGCCAUUUUUCUCUCGACCCUUGACCCCAACAACAUGGCUGCCUCUCUCUGCAAGAUGGAGUCCCUGCUCAAGCUGGGCCGCUACGAGGAAGUGCUGCGGCGAUGCGACUCUCUGCUGGACGCCCAGCCUUGUGUGGAGCUGGCCCUCACCAGGGCGUUGGCCCAGGUGCUGUUGGGCACCUGCUUCCAAAAUGGCAUCACAGGUUAUCUGCGUGCUUUUGCGGAACGCCGGGAUGAGACUGUGAAGUUUGUGCGCAGUCGGCAAAAGGAGCACCUUCAGCGGAUAAUCCAGGCGGUUUUUGACUUCGUCUCACUUCAGGAGAAGACUCGCUGCGGCAAAGGGGGCUUGGGAAAUGGGCAGAGUGACUGCUACGACUUCCUGGUUGCCAUUUCACCAGAAGACAUCCACACCUGCCAGACCCAGGCAGCCCAGCUCUUGGAGAAGCACAAAUGCAAGGAAGGCGUCUCUGUCUACAGCAAGGCAGCCAGUGGUGCAAUCUGGGACGAAAGAGCGUCCGGACUGCUCAUGGACAGGGCUGCUGCAUACUUCUCUCAGGGUGGGAGGGUGGCAGAGAUGAUGCAGGACAUGACGGCUGCCUUUGAGGCAAACCCCAGCCUGUCAGUGAGGCGCUUUGAAGCACUUUUCACCACAGGGGAUGCUGAGAGGAUAGAAAAGCAUGCCAGAGCAGCCCUGGAUCUGGAGUUUGCUGCUUACAGAGAAGCUGUGCGUGCCAGACCUGAGGUCCGGAGUGACAGUGGUAAGGAGCUUCUCUCCCCAGUGAUCCGAACCCUCCGCUUCCUCAUUCAGAUUUCUCCGGGCGCCGGGCGUGAACUAAAUGUCCGUUUGGCAGACUGCUCCCUCUUGGAGGGCAGUGUCCAGAGUGCCUUGGAAAUCUGCAACCACCUUCUGGAUUCUGAGCAGGAGACCUAUUACAACACCCUUCUUGCCCUCCGGGGGUUCUGCCACCUCCAUGACAAACGUUGUGCAGAAGCCCUUCAGGAUUUCCAGAAGAUCAUAGAAUACAGCUCCCCACACCCCAGCAGUUGCAUCAAGGCUCUCUGUGGCCGUGGCUUAAUCCGAGCUUGGGGAAGUAAUCCUUACCUGACUGCCCUGGAUUAUAUCACUGCCUGUAGGUUUAGAUUUGAGGAGACCAGCUUUGUCAUCAAGUCCUACAUACCGUGGAACCAAAGGGGCUUCCUGUUGAUCGUUCUACAAGAGGAAGCAAGGAAGAUACUGGAAAGGAACCGGGACACCAAGGGCAGCACAGCUCCCCAUCAGAACAAACCAAGAGGGCUGGAUGGAUUCCAGGUGAAAGAAGGCGAUGCAUCUGGAGCUCACCAGCUGGCUUCCCUCCUGUUGGACCUGGAUGCUUCAGAUGAGACAUCUCAGCUCCUCAGUGCUGAUGCUCUGUACCAGAUGGAUCGAUUAGAUGAAGCUCACAAGGUCCUGUUGGUGGCUCUCUCCAAAACCUCCCAGAGAUCUGCCUUCUUGGCCAGGCUGGCUCUGCUUCAGUUGAAGAAAGGCUUUCUAUACGAUUGCAACCAGCUGCUCAAGAAAAUGACCCAAACUGGGGAGACCUCCUGCCUCCUGACGGUCGUGAAGGUUUUAAAAGAGGAAGAUCGAGCAUUGAUGCAAAGCCACUGUCACUCCAGGGCCAUGACAAUCCUAAAGAACAAGCAAGGGGGAGGUUACAUCAAAGAAGCCAUCCUCUACCUCUCCUUUGCCAUCACCGCAGCAGGAGGUUAUGCUGUCGAUUCGCUUCUUAGCAGGGCCCGCUGUUAUGGGCAUCUUGGGCUGAAGAAAACUGCCAUAUUUGAUUUCAAUGCCAUCCUAAAAGAAGACCCCACAAAUGCCCAGGCACUGAGUGGGAAAGGAUUUGUUCAUCUAGCUCUGAACCAGAAAAAGGAGGCUGUGCACGAUCUAACCUCAGCCCUAAGAGCCAACCCAGCCGUAGCAGUUCCAGAAAUUCUUUCAUUAAAGGAGGAGGCCCAGGUGUUGAUCCAUCAAUGGCUGUAUGACCACUGCAGGGCUAGGCUGUCAGAGUUCAUUGCUACCAAAGAGCCACCCGUUGGAGAUACACUGAAGGACCUCACUGUAGCUGCGGCAUUGCUUGUGAAUAAGAGCAAGGACACAGAGAGUCACAUCCUUUAUGUGGACCUUUUAGCCGCGGAUGGGAGAGACAAUGAGGCUCUGGCGCACCUCCAGGGUGAGUUUGGUCACUCUGCACCCAGCGAUUCCAUCAAUGCUCGCUUUGGAAUGCUCCAGGCCAAGAAGAGCCACAUGAAUGUCGCAGCCCAUAUUUUGGCCAGUUUGGCCACAAAUGACUACAAAGACAUAGGAUACCUGAUGAGCUUCCUGGACACCAAGCAACGGCAAAGCCUUGCUCAGGUUGCUUCCAAAGAAGGAAAUGCACUGGUGAAGGAGCAAUUCUACCCAAAGGCUGUUGGCUACUACUCACUGGCCGUCUUGGCAAGUAAUGGCAAUCCACGAUAUCUCCGCCAACGUGCUGCUUGCCUAGCCCACCUGAAGGACUACAAUAAGGCUUUGACGGACAUAGACAAGGUGAUCUCCAACCACGGGAAGAACAGCCUGAAGACUCAGAUUGAAGACUACUGCUUGCAGGGACAUCUGUUCUUGUCUACCUCAGAGGAGGAACUGGCAGUCAAGCAGUACAUCCAAGCUCUUCAGCUGGGACAGUCUUUGGCUCUGACCAUCAUUGCUGCCAAUCAUGAUAGGGAUGCACUGUUCAAAGCAUUCCUGCAAACUGCUCAGUCCUCCUUUGCGGCAAGGCGUUAUGAAGAAUCCUGGAAGAUUGCAGAGUAUGGCCUGAUGAUCAACCAAAACAACGCUGAGCUUAAGAGACUUAAAAUAAGACUUAAACGGGAGGCAUCUGGAUGCAGAGUACAAUAAUUUAUUCAGUUUGGGUCACAGGAGGCUUUCUCGUGACCUGCAUUUUUAAAUCAGCCAUCUCAAUUAGCAUUUCUCGAAGUAACAUAUUUACUAGAAUGUAGUUACUCAUCAGUUUUCACACAUUGCCCAAUGUUGUGAUACUAUAGCUCCCCAAAAAUGUACCAGAGCGCAUAUUUUAGA